AUGGGAGCCCGGAAUGAUGGAAAAAGGUGUCAAAGGCGAAAGAAGGGAAUGAGGGGUUCUUCAAGAAGAGGGGAGGAAGAAGAGGAGGAGGAGGAGAAAGAAAAAGAGGAGAGAGAUGGGGAAAGAAGAGCAGGACGCCAUGAUGAUGGAGGCCUGAGGAGGUGGAGUCUUUCUCACAGCCAGCAAUCACGGAUAGAGCCGCAGUUUCAAUUCACAGCCCUGCAUCCAAACGGGCAAUAUAGCACGCUGGCCAGUCCAACGAACCUGCGAACUCUAAAGCUGGGUGUUGGGAAGCCAUUGGCUGUGCAGGCGAGAGCCGGUAAAUUUAGAAGCAGCGGCGUUGCCAGACGUGCCCCGAAAGCCAAUCAGCCUCGGGGCCAAGACCCGCAGACCCUGGGAAGUCAGUCUGAGACAGGGGAAAUCUUAACUGCAAUUAUCAUCGGUCAUACAAGCAAACAGCUCUCUCGGUCUAGUUGCCACUAUCACCAACGAUCCGCAGGCUUGUCGUCCGCCCCCAAGAACACGUGGUGA